GAUUAGACUUCUAAUCUAACUCUUUCUCUUCACUCGACUCUGCCCUCCUCCCAUCCACUUCCUUUAUCCCCUCACUCGCAAUAUUCAGGAAUCCCUUCUAUUGUUUCCGCUAGCCAUGAAAGAUCAAGAAAAUCUUUUAUGGGAUCACAACAACAUGAAGCACAACCCUUUCUCAUUUACCAUUCCAAAAUUAAUGUUUUGCUUUCUCAUCAUAAUCAGUGUCCCCUACAUAUUUUACUCCUUAAACUCACUGUUCUCUUUCAAUCUACUCAAACACCAAAGUCUCAAUAUCUACAGAUAUGACCCUCAUAACCAGAUAAUAGAACUAGAACAAGAACAAGGGCACAACUCUUAUCCCCAGAAACCUAACAGAACAUUCGCAGCUGACGAGGCUUCUCAUCCGAAUCCCAAAACCCAAGUCGUCAACACAAGCAUCCACCAUGUAGUGUUUGGCAUAGCUGCAUCUUCUGAACUGUGGGACCAUAGAAAGGAAUACGUGAAACUAUGGUGGAGACCUGAUGAAAUGCGAGGCAUAGUUUGGUUAGACAAUCCUGUGAAAGAAGAACCGAGUGAUUAUGAUCUUUUGCCGCCAAUAAUGAUCUCAACUGACGCGUCAGAAUUCCCUUACAAUAACACUGAAGGUAAAAGGUCUGCUAUUAGGAUAUCGAGGAUAAUAUCGGAAAUUUUAAAGCUAGGAAUGAAGGAUGUGAGGUGGUUUGUGAUGGGAGAUGAUGAUACAGUGUUUAUUGCUGAUAAUCUGGUUAGGGUUUUAUCCAGGUAUGACCAUAAUCAAUAUUAUUAUAUAGGGAGUUCAUCGGAGAGUCAUAUACAGAACAUUCAUUUUUCUUAUGCUAUGGCUUAUGGUGGCGGUGGAUUUGCUAUAAGUUACCCAUUGGCAAAGGCUCUAUCUAAGAUGCAGGAUAGAUGCAUAAAAAGAUAUCCUAGUUUAUAUGGGUCUGAUGAUCGAAUUCAAGCUUGUAUGUCUGAGCUUGGCGUUCCUCUCACCAAAGAACCAGGAUUUCACCAGUUUGAUGUGUAUGGGAAUCUAUUCGGCCUUCUAGCGGCCCAUCCAGUCACACCUUUAGUUUCUCUGCACCACCUAGACUUGGUGUCACCCAUUUUUCCCAGUGCUGAUCGGAUACAAGCCUUACGAAGACUAAGUGCACCAUUACAACUAGACUCAGCUGCACUCAUGCAGCAAUCCAUAUGCUAUGACCAGACUCGAAACUGGACCAUAUCAGUCUCCUGGGGCUAUGCGGUGCAAAUAUUCCGGGGCAUUAUUCCACCCCGAGAAAUCGAAAGACCAGCAAGAACAUUUCUCAACUGGUACAGACAUGCUGACCAUCGAGGCUAUCCCUUCAACACUCGUCCUGUCAGCACGAACAAAUGUCAAAGGCCCUUUGUAUAUUGUCUUUCAGAUGCAUUAUAUGAUACUCGCACUAAUCAGACAAUUAGCGAAUAUGUUGGAUAUGGAAUUCCAAAUCCUAGAUGCAAUUGGUUGAUGGCUAAUCCUUCUCAGAUUCAUAGAGUUGAGGUUUAUAAGACACCUGAUCCCUAUUUAUGGGACAAGGCUCCAAGGAGGAAUUGUUGUAGAAUCUUACCAACAGAAAUGACAGACACUUUGGUAGUUGACGUUGGGGAAUGCAGAGAAGAUGAAGUUAUUGAAACUUAGAUGAUAGUCAUACAAUUUAUUUAUUUAUUCACUUAUUCAAUAUAUUUUCAAACUUUUCCUUUUGGAUUUGGAUUUGGCCACAGGAGAGUAUUAUUUUUGCUAAAUGCUUGCAGGGUGUAAUACUUCAAAUAUGCAAUAGCAAGUGUUCAAGCUUAUUCCUUCUUGAUUAA